UGUUACUUGUUUAACCCAAACUACAAUCGACGUCAGUCACUUGCUAUCCUCACCGCACGUGCCGGCAACUGUAUUUCGUCUAUACUCUAUCAGUGAUCUUAGUGAUCUUCGUGAACCUUCAGUGCUAACUUCAUUAUCAAAAAGUAUAGUACGUAAAUCAAAAUGUCUGCACCAAAGAGGCGUGAAAUUGAUUACGAAGAAGAUUCCGAUAGCUCUUCGGAACUUUCGGAAAAUGCGGAAAUGGAAGCUGAGGAUAUUGAAGAUGAGGAUGAAAAUGAAGAAGGAGAAGUGAUGGUUGAUUUCGAAGGCAGAAAUCCUAUUGACUCCGAUUUUCAUGGAAUAAAAAAUUUACUUCAACAACUUUUCUUGAAGGCUCAUAUAGACCUUAGUGGAUUGACCAACUACAUAAUCAGUCAAAAUUUCAUUGGCUCUGUUGUUACUCAGUCAAUGGAUGAUGUGAUGGAAGAUGAUGACGAUGAUGAUGAAGUUAAUAUUUUUGGAGUCACUACUGUUGUUAAUAUUUCGGACAGAAGGGAGGAACAAUGUAUUAAAGAUUUAAGAACUUUGUUAAAACAAAUGUCCGAUGAACAUGCCCCAGAUUAUGUCAAAAAAUUUGUAAACCAAGUUCUGGAAGAAGGCGAUGGACCAAUGGGAUUAUUGAUCAAUGAGCGAUUUGUUAACAUUCCAUUACUCAUUUCAAUUCCCCUACUUGAAAAUCUUCUCUCAGAAUUAAGCAGAGCAGCAAGCAAAAAUCCUUCUUACAAAUUUAAAUAUUACGUAUUUAUUUGUAAAUUAUACAAAGUGGACGAGGCAACCUUGACUAAGAAAAUGAAAAAUAAAAAUAAGGACAUGGAAACCAUUAUUUGGAGCAAUCCAGAAGAAGAAUACUUUUUGGACGAUGCACUUUACAGUUUUGAAUUCAGCGUUCAGAAAGAUUCAGAUAAUGGUCUAACGGGAGAAUGGGAAGAAGACGAUUGCGAAAUGACACCAACCAGAAAAGUACUAAUAUUCGAGGCAGAAAAACUACCACAAAUAGUUGCCAAAAUCAAAAAACAAAGUUCAAAGUGUUAAUAAAGUAAUAUAGUAUAUUAUUAAUAUAGUAUAUUACUGCUUUAGAUCGGAAUAAAACGAAAAGACCCAGGGCAAAUGUAAUUAA